UUUCCGCCUCUCGUCUCACUUCUCAGAUUUGAGACUACACACUGUCACUGCACUCUGCUCUCGCCUCUCACUCUCUCCGCUCUCGUGCCGUCGUGCGCUCAGUGGCUCACUCUCUCGUGACUUGUCUGUGACUCUGCCUCCGCCUCGGCUCAGUGAGAAGUCCCUCGUCUCUCACGCUCUCGUCUCUCGCUCUCAGUCUCAACUCUCCCGCCUCUCACAACUCAACUCUCCCGUGUCUCACUCUCUCGUCUGUCGUCUCUCAAUCUCUCUUCUCUCAACUCUCUCGGCCCCUGUCUCUCUGCCGAUCUGCCUCCACGGUCCUCUGUUUUCACUCAUCCCUUCGUCGGUUUCUAGCCAGUUUCUUGUUGUUUGGUGCUGCACGCCCCCACCUCCUCCCUGGAUUCUUGCUGAACGACGGUUGUGAUACUGUUAGAGGUCGGACCCUAGGCUUACAUAAUACACUGCAAGAUUUAGGAAUGGUGGGACUGUCUCUUGGAGAGAAGAACUUCAUACAGGGGGGCAUUGCUCAAGAUCUUCGCUCUGAUGGUCGGAAAAGAUUAACUUACCGGCCUGUUUCUGUUGAAACUGGAGUUAUACCUCAGGCAAAUGGUUCGGCAAGAGUCAGGAUGGGGGCAACAGAUGUUAUUUCCAGUGUAAAGGCUGAACUUGGGAAGCCAAGUUCAUUGCAACCUGACAAAGGAAAGGUCUCCAUUUAUGUUGAUUGUAGUCCAACUGCAGCACCAAUGUUUGAGGGACGAGGGGGUGAUGAGUUGUCUACAGACCUCUCGGUUGCUCUUCAGUGUUGUCUCUUGGGUGGUAAAAGUGGGGCAGGGGCUGGAAUUGAUCUCUCAUCUCUAAUAGUUGUGGAGGGAAAGAUGUGCUGGGGUCUUUAUAUUGAUUGCCUCGUCGUUAGUUCAGAUGGGAAUCUACUGGAUGCCCUAGGUGCUGCCAUUAAGGCUGCUCUGAGCAACACCGGCAUUCCAAGGGUUCUUGUGGCAGCUGGUGCUUCAGGCGAUGAGCAACCAGAGGUUGACAUUAGUGACGAAGAAUUUCUGCAGUUUGACACAUCAGACGUCCCCGUCAUAGUUACGUUAACAAAGGUGGGUAGGCACUAUAUAGUAGAUGCCACAUCAGAAGAGGAAUCCCAAAUGAGCUCUGCGGUCUCUAUAUCUGUCAACAGGAAAGGACACAUUUGUGGUCUGACUAAACGAGGUGGUGCAGGCCUAGAUCCUAGCAUCGUUCUCGACAUGAUAUCCGUGGCAAAGCACGUAAGUGAACAGCUAAUGAACAAGUUGGAUUCUGAGAUAGCUGCCGCUGAAGCUGUUGAAGAUGAUUCAUGACAUGUUUAGAACCUCUGAUGCCAUUAUACUUGGUACAUUUGAACUUAUAAAAAAAAAAAGUUGGUACAUUUGAACAGGACUCUGUUCUAUGUAGAAUUUUUUAUAAAUUACCUGGGGGAUGAAAGAUAGAAUGGCAUGUUUCAACCUCAAUUUUCAGAGCUGUGUAAUCUAAUUUUGCUUGUUCCAGUGCCUGGUUACUAGCGUAUGAUAGUUUGAUCCUUCACUUAUUUUGAGUGGUAGUGGUGAGUUCUAAACAUCAA